CUCUAUCCUCUUCUAUAUUUUAAUUGUUGUUUCAGACAACACAAGAGAGCAAAGAAAGUUUCAGCCCAAGCUCAUUCAUGGCCGCUUCUCCCAAAACUAUGAACUCAACCUCCCUCAUAAUAAUAACCCUUCUUCUAUUCCUGCAGUUCUUCAAGAUCAAAGCUCUAGUAGACGAACAUAUCUGCUGUAUCACCACAGGCUUGCGUUCAAAAGACGUAAUUCUGGUGAAAAUAUGGUGUCUGAUCAUUCUAUUUUUCAGCACCUUCUUUGUUGGGUUCUCGCCAUAUUUUUUCAGAAAAAAUGAGAGCUUUCUAGUAUUGGGCACUCAAUUUGCUGGUGGGGUGUUUCUGGGUACCUCACUGAUGCAUUUCUUGGGGGAUACAAUCUCUCUUUUUGAUUAUCUUGGUAUGAAAGAGUACUUUCCUGUCAUGUUGGCCUCCGUGGGUUAUCUUCUCGCAUUGCUGGGUGAUUGUAAGGUGGUGUAUGGUAAAAAGGACGGCGGAGGAGAGGCAGAACCGGAAGUGGGAAGAGGAAGAAUGGCGGCGGAGGAGGGUGGGAAAGAGAUGGGAGUGGAUGUCAGCCGAGGGUUAAUGGAGGAGGCAUCGUUCCGGACCUUCCGGUACACAGUAUUUAUACUCCUUGCCUUGUGUUGCAAUUCGGUGUUUGAGGGCAUUGUUGUUGGAGUAGCAGGUAACAAAAGAACCGCAUGGAGAAACAUGUGGGUUAUAGCCUUGCACAGGACAUUUGCAGCCAUUGCCAUGGGGAUUACGGUGCUGAGACUGAAACCAAAGAGGCCAUUUCUAACAACAGUGGCUUAUUCUUUUGGGUUAGCCAUUUCAACCCCUGUAGGCGUCGGAAUCGGCAUCGCCAUCAACUCCACCACCCAAGGCCACCUAGCCGAUUGGAUCAACGUCGUCUCAAUGGGCCUUGCUUCUGGUGUUUUAAACUAUAUCGCCAUGAACGACAUUAUACUGAAAAGCUUCAAACCACAACAAGCUCGAUGUAAAUAUGAUACUCCGUUUUAUAAGUUUGUUGCUGUGCUUGUUGGGGUAGUAGUAAUGGCAGUUGUAUUGGUAUUUCAGUAGACAAAUUUUAAGUACUUUGUUGGAUUAGACUAUUGUUUUGAAUAUUAAUGUUUUUUUGUUAUUG